AUGGUAUUAGAUGUGGAGCGAAAGUUUCGUAUACCAUUAGGUCAGAAGCAAUUCAAACUGGUAUGCCCGGUAAUUGCCAACGAUAAAGAUAUGUUGAUGAUACAAUGGACAAAGAAUGGAGAACAGGUGGAAUGGGAUUCGCGAUACAAGCUUGCGAAAGAUGAUCGUGAACUUCGCAUGAAAACGGUCAGACUUGACGAUAGCGGUAGAUAUCAGUGUCAAGCAACGAACGGUUUUGGUCAUCGGACGGUGGAUUUUACAGUACACGUAUACGAUCCAUCAGAAGACUCGGUAUCCUUGAAAGACGUAAUAGUUCUCGCUGAUUCAACAUCUGCUCCGGCGUGGCUGAUCGACAUGAACCUCGAUUGGUCCUCUCCUAUGCAAAUUAAUCGAGGAGGUCGUAUGGAACUGCGAUGUCCAGCGCGGGGUAAUCCUUUGCCGGAAAUUCGAUGGUACAAGAAUAACAUACGUAUCACUACUGACUCUCCACCCCAUAUCGCUUCGUUUGUUGUGGAUCCAGCUGGACUGGAUGAUUCUGGGGAUUAUCGCUGCGUUCUUGAAAAUCGUCUCGGUUCUAUCGAAGCAAUCUUCAAAGUGACCGUUGGCGACUUUUUCGAUGACGGCAAGCGGCUAGGAGUACUUGAUGGCCCAACUGACCAGAUGCCUGAACCGAUAAUUGACCAGCCGUAUAAUACCACAGUGAGAGUUGGUCAUACAGCACAAUUCCUGUGUAAGGCAAAAUCCGCCCAGAGCCCAUUGAUAAAGUGGCUCAAAGAAGUCGAUGACCCGGUUGCGGUACGCCGUCGUGAUCCCAAAUGCUACGAUAGUGAACGCUAG